AUGGCGACCUACGAGCGGCGCCAGGGCAAGUGGACGACCCAGGAGUGCGACUACGCCAUGCUCCUCAUCGAGCACUUCACGUCCGGGUCGCUGCCCGGCCUGCUCGGGGGCGAGUCGCUGCGGAGCACGCUGAGCGAGUGCCUCAUGUGCACGCCCAUGCGCGUGACCAAGAAGCUGUCGUCGACGCACGCCAUCGGCAAGUGCUGCUUCAAGAAGAAGGGCGACCUCGGCCCGGGUGACCGCGCGGCGCUCGACGCCGCGCGGCUCGCGUUCCUCGCGUCGGUCGAGAAGCCCGGGCGGCCCGCGGCGGCGCCGCCGGGCGAGAGCGGCCGCGUCACGCGCGGCACGUCGGGCGCGAUCCAGCGCAAGCGGUCGCGGGACCUCGACGGCGACGACGGCGAGCCGGGCUGGCUCGAGUCGCUCGCCGGCGGCAGCUGGCUCGCGGAGCCCGAGGUCGAAACGCCCGCGGCGUUGCCGGGCCUGCCGAGAGCCCACGAGGAGAGCGGCGCCGUCGAGACGUCCGUGCUCGCCCACGUCACCGACGAGGGCCGCACGGCCGUGCGCAUCGUCGUCGCGGACCGGCCGGGCCUGCUGGGAGAGAUGAGCCGCUUCUUCCAGCGCAAGAACCUGAGCGUCGUCGGCUGCCGCUGCGAGACGCUGCCCGGCAGCGUCGCCCACGACGAGUUCGAUGUCGUCGACACGCACUCGCGGCGGCCCGUCGUCGACGCCGAGGACCUGGAGCUCCUCGAGGAGGCGGUGCUCGAGUGCCUCGCGGCGUCCGAGCGCCACUUCUCCGGCGCGACGACGCUCAACGUGUCCCUCCCGGACCGGCCGGGCCUGCUCAAGCAGAUCACGGAGACGCUGGGGUCCCUGCGGCUGUCCAUCGUCGGCGCGAAGAUCUCGACCGUCGCGCGCGGCCGCGACUCGCCCGAGGACGCGGGCCUCCCCAAGACGGCCGUCGACACCUUCGACGUCGUCGACGCGGAGACGGGCGGGCCCGUGCUCGACCCGAACCGGCUCCGCGAGAUCGAGCGGCGCCUCGCCCUCGAUUUGGAGACGGACGAGUCCGCGAGCGGCGCGUCGUCGCUCGGCUCGAACUCGCCGCGCCUCGAGAUCUUCGCGGACGGCUCGCCGCCGCGGUCCCGGUCCAUCUCCGCCGAGAACUCCUGCGACGGGUCGUCCUGCGCCGCGCGGGACGCGAUCCCGACGGCCGUCGUCCGGACGUCGAGCGGCGCCUGCGCGUCGUCGGCGCACCUGGCGCGGGCGCGCGAGGCGAAGCGCGCGAAGCACGAGGUGCACGGCGCGCUGGCCUGGCUCGUCGCGGCGGCGCGCGCGGACCGCGACGCGGGCUGCCGGGCGGCGGCCGAGACGGCGCUCGCGGGAGAGCUCCUCGCGCUGGGCCAGUUCGCCAACGCCGCGCGCGCCGCGCGCACGGCGGCGGCGCUCGCGCCCGGCGGCGGCGCGCGCGACGCGGCGCUCGCGGCGCUCGCCGCGGCGCAGGACGGCCUCGCGGCCGCGCGGCGCGCCGGCGCGCGCGCGGCGCUCGCGGUCGCGUCGCCCGUCGCCGGCGCGACCUACGCGCGGUCGCGCGCGAUCGACGUCGAGGCGUCGACGGCGCGGCUCGCGGCGCCCGGCGACGCGGCCGUGCGCGUCUGCGCCUACGUCGACCGCGCGGCGCUCGUGAGCUGCGCGGCGCGCGGCGCGGAGCUCCGGGGCCUCGAGCCGGGCCGCCACGAGCUCACGGCCGUCGCCGUCGGUCUCCCGAGCGGCGCCGCGGUGGCGAAUAUCACGGUCGAGUGGGAGUGGCACGUCGUCGAGGGCGUCGCGGCGGGCCGCGCGGACGCGGCGCGGCCCUACGCCGAGGACCCCAUCCCCGCGAGCUUCCACCGGGGCGGCCUGAGCGUCGACGGCAGCUCCGAGUACGUCGACGGCCUCGCGGCGUCCGACGCGCGCGUCGUCGUGCACCGGCCCCGGAAGGGCGGGUUCUGGCGCGACAAGGGCGAGAUGGCCGCCGCGGCGCUCAACGCGGCGUCGCCGGGGCCCGGCGCGCUGCUCCUGCAGCUCGACGUCGACGAGCUCUGGACCGCGGACGCGCUCGGCGCCGCGCUCCGGCUCCUCGGCGACUCGGACCUUACAUGCGCGUACUUCCACUGCCACUUCCUCGUCGGCCCGAAGCUCGCGACGGCGACGCCCCGGGGCUACGGCCACAGCGACGCCUACGAGUGGCUGCGCCUCUGGCGCGCGGACCCCGACGACGUCUUCUGGGCGUCGCACGCGCCGCCGCGGCUCGCGCUGCGGACCGGCGCCGGCUGGGAGCCGCUCGCGGGCGCGCGGUGCCUGGGGCACAACGCCACGGCGGCGGCGGGCGCCGUCUUCACGCACCACGCCUACGUGGCCGAGAGGCAGGUCGCCUUCAAGGAGCGCUUCUACGGCUACGCCGGCGCCGUCGACGGCUGGCGGCGGCUCCAGGCCGCGGAGCCGCCGGUGCCGCUCGCGGACUACCUGCCCUGGGUGCGCGACGAGCCGCGGUUCCGCGCCACGGUCGCCGACGCCGUGCCCUUCGCCGCCGCCGCCGUGCUCGGCGUGUCCACGCGCGCCGUCGCCGCGGCGGAGGCGCCGCCGACGCCCGUCGUCAACGCCGAGGUCCUCCGCGCGGUCGCCGCGGCGAAGCAGCGACCCGCCGGCGACGCGCCGCGGGCGAUCUGCGUCGACGGCGUCGUCUUCCAGCGCCAGGCCGGCCGGGGCGCGGGCAUCUCGCGCGUCUGGGCCAACCUGCUGCCCCGGCUCGCGGACGCCGCGGCGGGCGGUCUCGUGCUCCUCGAGCGCGGCGGCUCCCAGCUGCCGGCGUCGCUCGCGGCCCUGCACCGGCGCGCGGCGCCGCCCUUCCCCGACGACCACGACCACGUCGCCGACGCGCUGUCGCUCGCGUGGCUCUGCGAGGGGUCGGCCGCGUUCGCGUCCACGGAGUACACGCGGCCCGACGGGAGGCUCUGGGCCGGGCGCGUCGUGUUGCUGGUCCACGACCUGACGCCGGAGAAAUUCGCCUGGCCGCGGAGCCCCUACUGGGACCUGAAGCGGUCCGCGAUCGAACAAGCCGACGCGAUUUUAGCGGUCUCGGCCGCGACGCGCGGCGCGCUCGCGACCUUCUACCCGGGCGCCCGGGCCAGGGACGCGGGCCUCGCGCCCAACGGGUUCGAUGCCUCUAUUUUCUACCCGCGCCCGCCGGCCGAGGGCGCCGCGCUCGCGAAAACGGCGAAGCCCUACGCGCUCGUCGUCGGCUACCGCCGCGGCUACAAGAACGGGCUCGCCGUCGCGCGCGCCUUCUACGACGCCCGGGCGCGCCACCUCCACCUGUGGCUCGUCGGCGGCGACGCGCCGUCGGCGGACGAGCUCGCGCUGCUGGCCGGCCCGCACUACAACGCGUCGUUCUCGCACUCCGCGCGGCUAAGCGACGACGACCUCGCGCGGGCCUACAGCGGCGCCGCGGCGCUCGUCUACAUGUCCCGCGACGAGGGCUUCGGGCUGCCCGUGCUCGAGGCCAUGGCCUGCGGCUGCCCCGUCGUCGCCGCGCGGAUCCCCGCGGUCGCGGAGCUCGUCGGCGACGUCGCCGCGCCGGGCUGCGGCGGCGCGGCGCCCUGCGCCGCCGUGCUCCUCGACGACCCGGACCGGUCGACGGCCCUCUGGCACGCGCUGCGGGCGCUCGCGGGGCUCCGCGGCGCCGCGCGCGGCGCCGCGCGCGACGCGCUCGUCGCGCGCGCGCGGGCCUUCGCGGGCGCCUGGGGCGCGUCGGCGCGGGCCCUGGGCGCGGCGCUGCUUAGAACUUAG